CGGUUGUUGUUGGUUGAUAAGAAAACGCAUCUCAAAAAUAGUUUUUUUGGAUUUGGUCAGAGUGCUGACAUAGAUAUAGUUUUAGAUGGCACCGAAACCCGCAAGCUAGCAGAAAUAAAAACAGAAGAUGGGAAGAAAGAACGGCAUCUUUUGUACUACGAUGGAGAGAGUGUUACAGGAAAGGUGAAAAUCGCACUGAAAAAGCCGGGCAGCAAAUUGGAACACCAAGGCAUCAAAAUAGAGUUCAUAGGUCAGAUAGAGCUGUACUACGACCGCGGCAACCACCACGAGUUCACGUCACUGGUGAAGGAGCUGGCGCGACCUGGCGACCUCUCGCAGAACACAGAGUACAGCUUCGAGUUCCAGAACGUGGAGAAGCCGUUCGAGUCCUACACCGGCUCCAAUGUGCGACUGCGCUACCUGCUGCGCGUCACUGUCGUACGACGACUGUCCGACAUCGUCAAGGAGGUCGACAUGGUCGUGCACACCCUCUCCUCCUACCCCGACAUGAACAACAGCAUCAAGAUGGAGGUCGGCAUCGAAGACUGUCUGCACAUUGAGUUCGAGUACAACAAGUGCAAAUACCAUUUGAAAGAUGUAAUUGUAGGAAAAAUAUAUUUUCUCCUAGUCCGAAUAAAAAUAAAACAUAUGGAAAUAGCAAUUAUUAAACGUGAGACAACAGGAUCUGGGCCGAAUACAUUUACAGAGAACGAGACAAUUGCAAAGUAUGAAAUAAUGGAUGGUGCGCCCGUCCGAGGAGAGAGCAUUCCCAUCCGAGUGUUUCUGGCCGGCUAUGAUCUAACCCCAACCAUGCGUGAUAUUAAUAAAAAGUUUUCUGUCAAGUAUUUCUUGAAUCUUGUUCUAAUGGACGAGGAAGAUCGACGGUAUUUCAAGCAACAGGAGAUAACAUUAUGGCGCAAAGGAGAGAAAGCGCACAAGGGUGGCGGGGGGUCGGGGGGCAGUCACGUGCCGUCGCACCUGGUGGCCGGAGAGGGGGGACCUCAGGGCUCGGAGAGCAUGAUCCGCGACCCCGACGCCCUGCCCAAGGCGCCCGUCGAGGACAUGACCCGCGAGGACGGCACUUCGCCGCCUAAGGAAGAAUGAUAGUGUGGCUGCGCUGCGGCUAGUGACUCAAGUGCAUUUCAAAACAACUCUUCUCCUAUCCAACUUGUAAAAUACUUUGUUGUUAGAUUAUUAAUAACAAUUGUACCUUCAUAUUGCCAUAAAUGUAACAAUAUUCGUGUAAAAAUGGUGUUUAUCUAGAAAAAAUAAGUUCUGAAAUUUUUAGAAACACUUUACUAUUGUGAGUACUUGAUGUGACGAUCAAAGCGCUACAUUUUCCAAUGGUUAUCCAAGAAAUUUCCUGUUGGAUAAUUUUCACCCAAAAUUCAAAUUGCGUAAUUUCUUUUCUAUGUACUCUAUUUUUGUAUACUAGCAGUCCUCUUUCCAAAACAGAUAUUCUAAUAAUUGUUUAUUUGAAACUUCAUCCAAUACUUAACUGUACAGUUGAAUAUUGUAUUUGGAUAUGUCAUGUAAAAUACGUGUACUUGAGAGACUUGUUUACUGUGCAGUGAAAAUGAGUGCAUGGUUGCCACUAUGUACAAUUGAAACAAUGAACAUUCCAGUGUUUUUAUCAAUAAUCGAUAACAUUGUAAAAUAACAGGUCAUUUAAUAUUUCUAGUGAAAAUUACUGAUGGUAUGGUAUCUUAUCAACGUUGCUGAAAAUGUAUAAAUCUGGUAUUUGUAUCCACUUUGUGAUGACAUCACUACUGAAAAAUGAUAUUCAGUUUCUGUUUAUAAUUAUAUUUAUCUUAUUAUUUUCAAGUAUGUUAUUUAAAGAAAUUAUUUAUAAAUAAUAAGUCGUAAUAAAGUUAUAUUUAAAAAAGUU